AUGGCUCGUCACAGAAGCAUUAGAAACCUUAACGUAGAAGAUAUCUACGACGACUGGCUUGGUGAAUAUUCGGACGAUGAUGGCACGGAUCAAAAUGAUGAAGUUUUACUGGAAUCAAACUUGCGCAAAGUAAAAGAAUUGAUAGGCGCUCCACCUGGGAUAACUGAUAAGGCGAUCAAAGACAUUUUAUGGGAUACCUACUAUGAUAUCGACGAGACAAUACGUCGCUUAUCAGCCAAAAUAAAAAAACCACCAGAUCAAAAACCAAAGCAAUCGCCAACACCACAAAGAAAACCUGCUGUAGAUCAGACGCAAUCAAAAUCAUCCCGAAUAAACAUAGCGAAUGGAUGGCAGAGCUUCAGUUGUGAUGUCAUGAGGAUUGAUAAGAGGGAGUGUGAAAACGGUCCCAUAUCCAUGGUUGAGAAGCGCGAAACUUUGGAUUUGCUAUCGACUCAGAGUUAUUUUAAAAAGCCUACAGCAGCUUCGCAAAGCAUAUUAGUGCCUCAGGACUUUUGGUCGUGGUACGACAUAAAGUGGAGCUGCAGUGGAAAGAAUGAAUUGUUGCCUCCUAAAAUUCCGGAUGGACGAUUGCGAUUAACUGGAUUACUAGGCGGAGCAGACACCAAUAACUCACGAUCAACCCAGUCAGGUUUCGCACAACUUCGGGCUCAAUUAUCUUCAUCACGCAAUUUGUCAUCACCACGCGGAGAUUCAAGUAUUCAUUCGAAUGCUAUUAACUCGAGUACUACCAAUACAUCGACAUCAACACGUCGUUCUUUACGUUCGAGUACUAACGAUUCUUCGAACAGAGGCCAGUCCCUUGCGAGCUUAGCACAAGCUAGUAUCGAUCGAGCAGGCCCGAGAACCUCAUUGACAAGCCUUAUUGCAAAAAGAAAAGCACAGGGAUCAUCAUCGGUACAGAGCUCAUUGUCUCAACCAGCGGAAACAUCGGCGACUACUGUUGCGAUUGGAAAAAGUGCAUUCAAUAGUACAAAUUCUCCUGGAUUGACACACCCAAAGCCGAAAGUAACUUCUAUCGGAAAGCCACGUAUAGUUCGGACAGAUGCUGGCCAAAGUAAACCUUCCUUACUUUCUCUGGCCUCUGGGAAAUCUACCUCACUAGUGCAAUCCCGUGGUAAAUUGGCUUCUACGACGCCAUCAACAAACUUCUCCGAAUCAGCCCGCGAAUCGAUUCAAUUUCAUCCGGAGCCGACUACCCCCCCCGCGGCGCUUGUACAACCAUUUCCAUCUGCAAUACCAGCAUUUUCGAAUCCUCUGAUAGCUCCGCCAUCUGUAUUCGCCUUGUCGCUCUUUGGUGACCUUGAAGACUCUCAAUCACAACAAUGCGGAGCACUUACUAUUGACAUUUUCUCGUUAGGUGGCAACGGAAAAGCUUUUGCUUUUAAUACGCCUAGUCCUGACGAUGAAUUAAUAGAGGCACGUGAAGAAGGAAAAACCAACGCUGCCGCAAUAAAAGAAGCAGCUACUCUGCCAAAAUCACCAACUGUGGAGUCGCUGAAACCGUCGAAGAGAAUUAAUGUGAUUGAAGAUACUCCUAAUCUUGACGAUAUAACAAUAGAGGCACGUGAAGAAGGAAAAGCCAACGCUGCCGCAAUAAAAGAAGCAGCUGCUCUGCCAAAGCCACCAAUUGUGGAGUCGCUGAAACCGUCGAAGAGAAUUAAUGUAAUUGAAGAGUAUCGAAAGCGUACGGCAGAAAAAGAUUCUUUGAACUUGGUUGUCGUUGGCCAUGUUGAUGCUGGGAAGAGCACGCUUAUGGGGCACCUUCUUUAUCUUUUGGGUGAAGUUAAAGAAAGAACAAUGAGAAAAUAUGAGCACGAGUCGCAAAAAUUGGGCAAAUCAUCUUUCGCGUUUGCAUGGGUUCUCGAUGAGACUGGGGAAGAGAGAAGCAGAGGUAUCACUAUGGACGUUGCCGUUACCAGUUUCGAAACAGAACGCCGUCGAUUUACUUUGCUUGAUGUUCCCGGUCACCGAGAUUUUAUUCCCAACAUGAUUUCUGGGGCCGCACAGGCAGAUGUUGCAAUACUUGUAGUCGAUUCGACUACGGGCGAAUUUGAGGCUGGUUUUGAAGCCAAUGGUCAAACUAAAGAACACACCCUGCUUGUAAGAAGUCUGGGCGUACAGCAGCUUGUUGUCGCCAUUAAUAAACUCGAUAUGGUUGAUUGGUCUGAGGAGAGAUUUAAAGAAAUUAAAACAAAACUCAGUGCUUUUCUCAGUCAAGCUGGAUUCAAGAAAAAUAAAGUCACAUUUGUGCCAUGCAGCGGUAUGACUGGGGAGAAUCUUUUAAAGAAGUCACCAGAUAUUAUGACAUGGUACGAUGGAACAACACUUGUACAACAGAUUGAUGCAUUGGAACCUCCAGUGAGGCUCUUGGAAAGACCGUUUCGAUUGGGUGUUGCAGAUUUCUUCAAAGGUAGCAGUGGAGGUGGAGGAGGAAUCUCUGUAGCCGGCAGAGUUGAUGCGGGCACUAUCCAGGUAGGAGAAACAGUCAUGGUAAUACCUGGUGAACAAACUGGCACUGUGAAAGCUAUCGAGGUCAACGGUGAAUCUGCGAAAUGGGCUGCAGCUGGGGACACUAUACUGACAACCCUGACUGGUCUUGAUAUCAUAAAUCUCAGUACUGGUUCAAUAUUGUGUUCUCCGUCGAGUCCUGUGCCAGUGUCAUCAAACUUCAUUGCACAAAUCGUGGUGUUUGAUAUAAAGAUACCGAUCACAAAGGGAUUUCCAGUUAUUAUUCAUCAUCAGAGCUUGAACGAACCCGCAGUGAUUACUAAAUUACUUGCAACCCUUGAUAAGAGCACAGGCGGGAUUGUCAAGAAAAACCCGCGACAUCUCUCAAAGCAGACUACAGCCAGAGUUGAAAUAAAACUGUCCGAUAGGUCCAUUCCAUUAGAGACUUUCAAAGAUAAUAAGGAGCUCGGUCGCGUCAUGUUGCGAAAGGCUGGUGAAACGAUUGCCGUUGGAGUAGUUACAGAAGUAUUAUGGCGCGGGGAUGAUUCACAAGGACAAUGUUAUAACGUGCGCCUGACCUGGUUCGAAUCCAUCGAUUCGGCCGACGAUGAUCAAACGGUCCAAGAGGAUACGGGCGAACGAGUUCUAUGCAGUAAUGUCGUGAUGUGGUUGGGAGCGGUUUAUAGUUCGCUACAUAAAAAACACAAAAAUUCUCGGACGAAGUGGUGCACAGUGGAGAAGGAGGAGUUUGAAGAAGAGGGAGAAAAGGGAUCCAUAAUCGGGAUAUUGAUUAUGAUCACCGCUUUCUUCCGUGUCCUUUGUAAGAAAUUUCGCAACAAAUCGUUGCGAAAUUGUCGAACGUCUUUUAAGAAGGAGUAA